CCCCCUGAUAUAAAGUGGGGCCCCAGGCCCUGCCUCUGGGUUGGUGUCGCCUGCAGGAUCCAGACAGGUCUCUCAGCCAGGUCCCCCACACUGCCACCAUGCCGUUCGGAAACACCCACAACAAGUUCAAGUUGAACUACAAGCCAGAUGAGGAGUACCCGGACCUCAGCAAGCACAACAACCACAUGGCCAAGGUGCUGACCCCUGACCUUUACAAUAAGCUUCGGGACAAGGAGACACCAUCAGGCUUCACCUUGGAUGAUGUCAUCCAGACGGGUGUGGACAACCCAGGUCACCCCUUCAUCAUGACGGUGGGCUGUGUGGCUGGGGACGAGGAGUCCUACACCGUCUUCAAGGACCUCUUUGACCCCAUCAUCCAGGACCGGCACGGGGGCUACAAGCCCACAGACAAGCACAAGACUGACCUCAACCAUGAGAACCUCAAGGGUGGAGAUGACCUGGACCCCAACUAUGUGCUCAGCAGCCGGGUGCGUACCGGCCGCAGCAUCAAGGGCUACACACUGCCCCCCCACUGCUCCCGGGGCGAGCGCCGGGCUGUGGAGAAGCUCUCCGUGGAAGCUCUGAACAGCCUGACUGGGGAGUUCAAGGGCAAGUACUACCCCCUGAAGAGCAUGACCGAGAAGGAGCAGCAGCAGCUCAUUGAUGACCACUUCCUGUUCGACAAGCCUGUGUCCCCCCUGCUGCUGGCCUCAGGCAUGGCUCGAGACUGGCCAGAUGCCCGGGGCAUCUGGCACAAUGACAAUAAGAGCUUCCUGGUGUGGGUGAACGAGGAGGACCACCUCCGCGUCAUCUCCAUGGAGAAAGGCGGCAACAUGAAGGAGGUUUUCCGCCGCUUCUGCGUGGGACUGCAGAAGAUUGAGGAGAUCUUCAAGAAAGCCGGCCACCCCUUCAUGUGGAACGAGCACCUGGGCUACGUGCUCACCUGCCCCUCCAACCUGGGCACUGGGCUGCGCGGAGGCGUGCACGUGAAGCUGGCAAACCUGAGCAAACACCCCAAGUUCGAGGAGAUCCUCACCCGUCUACGCCUGCAGAAACGGGGCACAGGUGGCGUGGACACAGCCGCGGUGGGCGCGGUGUUUGACAUAUCCAACGCCGACCGGCUGGGCUCCUCCGAGGUGGAACAGGUGCAGCUGGUGGUGGAUGGUGUGAAGCUCAUGGUGGAGAUGGAGAAGAAGCUGGAGAAAGGCCAGGGCAUCGACGACAUGAUCCCGGCCCAGAAGUAGGCGCCCACCUCCCACGCCACCGCCCGAAAGCCCCAACUGGGGGAGGACCGAGCCCACCGGAGGCCACGCCCCUGGACGCCCCUCCCCCUUUCCCGGCGCCCCGCCCAACAAGUUCCAUCAUCCAGGCACUCUUUCCGCCCUUCUCAAAGAGUUCUAGUCUACCCAGAAUUCCAACCAAUGGGCUCCGUCCUCUGAGGUCUGGCCAAUCAAAAACCCUCCUGGGAUUCCCAGGGCCCGCCCACCACCAGGAGCUCGGAAAUAAAAGUGAUGGUGGCCUUA